ACGGCGCACACACUCACACACGGAGCAGAGGUGGCAGAACCAGGCGAGACACGGAUCUCACACACGCGCGCGCGCUCACACGCAUUCACGCGCACAGGAAGGAGGAGGCGAAUGUUUCAGAAGAAAGAACCGAACCGGAUUUUCCUCCAGAACCAGAACCACUGCUGGGUUUCCCCCGUCCUCUCCAUGGUUAGGAUCGGCUGUAGAAGUGAGGAAGCAGACUGAGGUGGUCCAGGAGAAAAGUGGGAGCUGCUGCUUUUUAUUUCUUCUUUCCUCAAAGCAGACAGCAAAAUAAGCGAACGGGGACAGGGACGGAGGACAGGGGACAAGGACGGAGGGCAGGGACGGAGGACAGGGACGGAGGACGGAGGGGUUUUUCCCUCUCAGCGACCCGGAGUGUUGAUGGCAGUCUGAAAGGAUCCUAUGCGUUUGUGGGAGAAUUAACCCUUUAAUCCUGGAGUACUCACGCAGACCAGGUUCCCCCAUGCUCUCCCCCUCCUGCCCAUCACCUGUCAUUGACCAAUCACAUCCUCAGUCUAAUCCACAUGACAACGCACUGUUAGGCGAAGCUAUUGAACCAGACUCAGAUGAAGAAGAGGAGGAAGCAGAGGAAGCAGAGGAGUAUGCAGCCCGGUUGUACCUCCCUGUAACACAUGAACAACCAUCAAAUCAUCAUGGCUCCACCCUGCCUCCGGUACCCCCGCCUCACCGCCAGCAGCCAUCAGUGACAGCCCUCAACCAGGCCCUGGGCUCCACGCUCCACGUUGGCCAGUCGCGAUCACUAACGCCCCCCACUGGAAGCCCGGCCCCAGUGGUCGGCCAAUCACCAGCCGAGCUGCAGACCACGCCCCCCGAGAGCGUCCCGCUGCAAGACAGCUGGGUGCUGGGCAGCAAUGUGCCUCUGGAAACCAGGCAUUUCCUUUUUAAAACUGGUACAGGCACCACCCCCCUCUUCUCCACGGCCACUCCUGGCUACACCAUGGCAACAGGCUCCGUCUACUCCCCCCCCACCAGGCCGCUGCCAAGGAAUACCCUGUCCCGCUCCGCCUUUAAGUUCAAGAAGUCAUCCAAGUAUUGCUCAUGGCGGUGUACGGCUCUGAGUGCAGUUGGUCUGUCGGUACUGCUCUCCGUCCUGCUGUGUUACUGCAUAGCUAUGCACCUGUUUGGUCUGAACUGGCAGCUCCAGGAGAGCGAGAGUUAUGGGGCCUUUGAAAAUGGCGGAAGUGGAAGAGAUACAACUCCCAACACCUUUGUGGUAUCUACAGACAAUGGGAGGAUGUUUCUUCUAGAGAACAACACCAUAGACACGGGGGAGGUGGACGUGGGGAGACGAGUCAUACAGGACGUCCCACCAGGUGUGUUUUGGAGGUCACAGCUGUACAUUGACCAACCACAGUUCUUCAAAUUCAACAUCUCUGUCCAAAAAGACGCUCUGGUCGGGGUGUAUGGACGCAAAGGGCUACCACCAUCACAUACACAGUACGACUUUGUGGAGCUGCUGGACGGUAGUCGUCUCAUUUCCAAAGACAAACGAGCACUCAGUGACUCUGACUUGGUAUAUGCACACCUGGCUGGUUAUCCUGAUGAAGAGUCCAGUAGAGGAGGUCGACACACGCGCUCAGUCAACGUGCACGAGGCUGGCUUCAUCCAGUAUCUGGACACAGGCAUCUGGCAUCUGGCGUUUUACAACGAUGGACGUAACACAGAACAAGUCUCCUACAACACUAUCGUCAUAGAGUCAGUUAUGGAGUGUCCUCAGAAUUGCCAUGGAAACGGAGACUGUCUCUCAGGAAUUUGCCACUGUUUCCCAGGAUUUCUGGGGCCGGACUGUUCGAGAGCUUCCUGCCCAGUGCUGUGCAGUGGGAAUGGCCAGUACUCCCGCGGCCGCUGCCAGUGCUACAGCGGCUGGAAAGGCACUGAGUGCGACGUGCCGUCCAAUCAGUGCAUUGACAUCCACUGUGGCGGCCAUGGGAUAUGCAUUAUGGGCGCCUGCAUCUGCAAUACUGGUUAUAAGGGGGAAAACUGUGAGGAAGUGGACUGCAUCGACCCCAGCUGUUCCACCCAUGGGGUGUGUAUUCAUGGUGAGUGCCACUGUCAGCCAGGAUGGGGCGGAGCCAGCUGUGAGAUCGCCAAGGCCAUGUGUCCAGACCAGUGUACUGGCCACGGAACCUAUAACGCAGAGACCAGCACCUGUACCUGCGACCAGAACUGGACCGGGCCGGACUGCUCUUUAGAGGUGUGUGAAGUAGACUGUGGCAACCAUGGGAUGUGUUACGGCGGGGUGUGUCGCUGCGAGGACGGCUGGACAGGAACCGUGUGUGACCAGAAGGCCUGCCAUCCACUGUGCAGCAAGAAUGGAGUGUGUAAGGACGGGAAGUGUGAGUGUGACCAGGGAUGGACGGGGGAGCACUGCAACAUUGCUCACAAUCCGGACAUUAGAGUUAAAGGAUAUAAAGAGGGUUGUCCAGGUCUCUGCAACAACAACGGGCGCUGCACCCUGGAAGCCAGUGGAUGGCACUGCAUCUGUCAGUCAGGAUGGAGAGGGGCUGGCUGUCACGUUGCCAUGGAGACACUUUGUACCGAUGGCAAGGAUAAUGAAGGAGACGGCUUGGCUGACUGUAUGGAUCCAGACUGCUGUUUGCAGCCUACCUGUCAGAACCAGUUAUACUGCAAUGGCUCCCCUGACCCUAGUGAGGUGCUCAGUCAGUCUCCGUCCUCAUUGGCUCCUCAGCAGGCUGCCAGAUCUUUCUAUCAGCGCAUCCACUUCCUGGUUGGCCCUGAAUCUACUCACGUCAUUACUGGAGAAAGUCCCUUCAAUAACAGCUUGGUAUCAAUUGUUCGAGGCCAGGUGCUGACGUCUGAUGGAACACCUCUGAUUGGAGUCAAUGUGACAUUCGUCCACUACCCUGACCAUGGAUACACCAUAACACGCAAGGAUGGCAUGUUUGAUCUGCUGGCCAACGGCGGGGCAUCCUUGACUCUGAGUUUUGAGCGAGCUCCGUUCCUCACCCAGUACAGAACCGUGUGGGUGCCGUGGAACGCCUUCUAUGUGAUGGACACGCUGGUCAUGAAGAAGGAGGAGAACGACAUUCCAAGCUGUGACCUGAGCGGUUUCAUCAGACCCAGUCCUGUCAUCGUUUCCUCCCCUCUGUCCACGUUUUACAGAGGGUCCCUGGAGGACGGACCCAUCAUACCUGAAACUCAGGUUUUACAAGAGGAAACUUCAAUACCUGGCAGUGAUCUAAAACUGAUCUACCUGAGCUCCAGAGCUGCAGGAUAUAAACCAGUCCUCAAAGUCUCCAUGACACAGACCUCAAUACCCUUCAAUCUGAUGAAGGUUCACCUGAUGGUGGCGGUGGUGGGCCGACUCUUCCAGAAAUGGUUUCCCGCCCAACCAAAUCUAUCCUACACCUUCAUCUGGGACAAGACUGAUGCCUACGGCCAACGUGUCUAUGGACUGUCGGAGGCAGUUGUGUCGGUGGGGUUUGAAUAUGAGUCGUGUCUGGACCUCAUCCUCUGGGAAAAGAGAACAGCUGUUCUGCAAGGCUACGAGAUGGACGCUUCCAAUAUGGGAGGAUGGACAUUGGAUAAACAUCACAUCCUGGAUGUACAGAAUGGUAUCCUGUACAAGGGCAACGGCGAGAAUAUCUUCGUUUCCUUGCAGCCUCCUGUCAUCAGCAGCAUCAUGGGAAACGGUCGUCGUCGCAGCAUCUCUUGCCCCAGCUGUAACGGACAGGCGGAGGGCAACAAGCUGCUGGCGCCCCUGGCCCUGGCCUGUGGAGCAGAUGGCAGCAUCUUCGUCGGAGACUUCAACUACAUCAGGAGAAUCUUCCCUUCUGGGAAUGUGACCAGUGUCAUGGAGCUACGAAACAAAGAUUUCAGGCAUAGCAACAACCCCGCUCACCGUUACUAUCUAGCCACUGACCCAGUUACAGGGCAGCUGUAUGUGUCCGACACUAAUUCACGGAGAAUCUAUCGACCCAAGGUGCUCAGCGGGACCCGUGACCUCACCAGUAAUGGAGAAGUAAUUGCUGGUACAGGUGAGCAGUGUCCUCCGUUUGAUGAGGCCAGAUGUGGAGAUGGAAGAAAAGCCACCGAGGCCCAGCUGCUGGGACCAAAAGGGAUUGCUGUUGAUAAGAAUGGACUGAUCUACUUUGUGGAUGGUACGAUGAUCAGGAAGGUGGAUCGUAAUGGAAUCAUCUCCACAGUGCUGGGGAGCAAUGACCUGACUUCCGCACGACCUUUAACCUGCGAUACCAGCAUGCACAUAAGACAGGUGCGUUUGGAGUGGCCCACUGACCUGGCCAUCAACCCCAUGGAUAACUCCAUCUAUGUCCUAGACAACAACGUGGUGCUGCAGAUCACUGAGAACAGACAGGUUCGGAUCGUGGCGGGUCGUCCCAUGCACUGCCAGGUCCCCGGUAUAGAAUACGCUCUGGGCAAGAGGGCAGUGCAGACCAUGCUGGAGGGGGCUACAGCCAUCACCUUGUCCUACAGUGGUGUCCUCUACAUCGCAGAGACAGAUGAGAAGAAAAUUCACCGUAUUCGUCAGGUGUCCACGGAUGGAGAAAUUACCCACUUAGCUGGAGCAUCAUCUGACUGUGACUGCAAGAAUGAUGCCAACUGUGACUGCUAUCAAGCAGGAGACGGCUAUGCUAAAGACGCCCGGCUUAACUGUCCGUCCUCUCUGGUGGUGUCUCCAGACGGGACGCUGUAUGUGGCUGAUUUGGGAAAUAUCCGGAUCCGAGCCAUACGACGCAACCAGCCGCCCACUGGAUCUUUGGCUUCUGGUCCCAGCUCCUUCGAAGUGGCUUCUGCAGUCUCUCAGGAACUCUACGUGUUUGAUGCAAAUGGGACUCACCAGUUUACCAUGUCUCUGGUUACUGGAGACUAUAAAUAUAACUUCAGCUACAGCAAUGAGGAGGACGUUACGGCGGUGACGGACAGCAGCGGGAAUACUCUUCGCAUCCGCAGAGACACAAACAGGAUGCCUGUGCGUGUGGUUGCCCCUGACAACCAGGUGAUCUGGCUGACCAUCGGGACCAACGGAGGUCUGAAGACCCUCACAGCUCAAGGUCAGGAGCUGGUCUUAUUCACUUACCAUGGCAACAGUGGCUUGUUGGCUACAAAGAGCAUCCAGAUUGGCUGGACCACCUUUUAUGACUACGACAGCGAAGGGCGUCUGACCAACGUGACCUUCCCCACUGGCGUGGUCACAAAUCUCCAUGGCGACAUGUCAUCUGGAGCUGUUGCCGUGGACAUUGAGACAUCGGGGAGGGAUGAGGACGUUUCCAUAACAACAAAUCUGUCAUCCAUAGACUCCUUCUACACUCUGGUCCAGGAUCAGCUUCGUAACAGCUACCAGGUGGGCAACGACCGCUCUCUGAGGGUCAUCUACGCCAACGGGAUGGACACACACUACCAGACUGAGCCGCACAUACUGGCAGGUGCUGCUAACCCCACCGCUGCCCGACGCAACAUGACCUUACCAGGAGAGAAUGGCCAGAACCUGGUGGAAUGGAGGUUCAGGAAGGAGCAGACGCGAGGAAAAGUUAUUGUCUUUGGGAGAAAGCUGAGGGUAAAUGGACGAAACCUACUGUCUGUGGAUUAUGACCGAACGUUGCGAACAGAGAAAAUUUAUGAUGACCACAGGAAGUUCCUGCUCAAGAUCAUCUAUGACACCCAAGGCCAUCCUACUCUCUGGGUUCCCAGCAGCAAGCUGCUGUUAGUUAACCUGACAUACUCCAGCACAGGUCAGGUGACAGGCCUGCAGAGGGGUCCGACCACAGAGAGGUGGGAGUACGACAGUCAAGGAAGGAUCAUUUCCAGAGUCUUUGCUGAUGGAAAGAUAUGGAGCUACACUUAUCUAGAUAAGUCCAUGGUCUUGCUGCUGCACAGUCAGCAUCAGUACAUCUUUGACUAUGACUCGGGGGACCGUCUGUCGGCGGUCACCAUGCCUAGCGUGGCUCGACAUACCAUGCAGACCAUAAGAUCCGUGGGAUACUACAGAAACAUAUACAACCCCCCAGAAAGCAAUGCUUCAGUUACUGUGGACUACUCUGAAGAUGGACAGCUCUUCAGAAUUGCCCACCUAGGUACCGGACGGCGGAUACUGUACAAAUAUCGCAGACAGAACAAGCUGGCGGAGAUCCUUUAUGACUCAACACGAGUCAGUUUCACAUACGAUGAGACUGCAGGCGUCCUUAAAACCGUCAACUUGCAAAGCGAAGGCUUCAUCUGCUCCAUUCGUUACCGGCAGAUCGGCCCACUAGUCGACCGGCAAAUAUUUCGCUUCAGCGAGGAUGGGAUGGUGAACGCACGCUUUGACUACACCUACGACAACAGCUUCAGGGUCACCAGCAUGCAGGCCGUCAUCAAUGAGACUCCACUGCCAAUCGAUCUCUAUCAGUUUGAUGACAUAUCUGGGAAAGUGGAGCAGUUUGGGAAGUUUGGAGUUAUCUAUUAUGAUAUCAAUCAGAUCAUAUCAACGGCAGUGAUGACCUACACUAAACACUUUGACCAGCACGGCCGCAUCAAGGAGAUCCAGUAUGAGAUCUUCAGGUCUCUGAUGUACUGGAUCACCAUUCAGUAUGACAACAUGGGCCGGGUCACCAAGCGUGAGAUCAAGAUAGGACCGUUUGCCAACACAACCAAAUAUGGUUAUGAGUAUGAUGUUGAUGGACAGCUGCAAACGGUCUACCUCAACGAGAAGCUGAUGUGGAGGUAUAAUUAUGACCUGAACGGAAACCUGCACCUGCUGAACCCGGGAAACAGCGGCCGGUUAACGCCGCUACGCUACGAUCUGAGGGACAGAAUCACCCGUUUGGGAGAUGUUCAGUACAGGCUGGAUGAAGAUGGAUUCUUGAGACAGAGAGGAGCCGAAAUAUUUGAAUACAACUCCAAAGGUCUUCUGAUUCGUGUCUACAGUAAAGCUUCCAGUUGGACCAUCCAGUACCGCUAUGAUGGCCUGGGUCGGCGCGUAGCAUCUAGAAACAGUCUGGGCCAACACCUUCAGUUCUUCUACUCUGACCUGAACUACCCUACCAGGAUCACCCACGUCUAUAACCACUCCAGCUCUGAGAUCACAUCUUUCUACUACGACCUGCAGGGUCAUGUGUUUGCCAUGGAAAUCAGCAGUGGAGAAGAGUUUUAUAUUGCGUGUGAUAACACCGGGACUCCUCUGGCUGUCUUCAGUAACAACGGGCUGCUGCUGAAACAGGUACAGUACACGGCGUAUGGAGAGGUUUACUUUGACUCCAACCCAGACUUUGUGUUGGUGAUCGGCUUCCAUGGAGGUCUUUAUGAUCCUCUGACAAAACUGUUGCAUUUUGGAGACAGAGAUUACGACAUAUCUCCAGGAAGAUGGACGACUCCUGACAUCAGCACAUGGACACGUGUUGGUAAAGACCCCCAGCCCUUCAACUUGUACAUGUUCCGAGGCAACAACCCCAUCAGCAAGAUUCACCAGGUCAAAGAGUAUGUUACAGAUGUUAACAUCUGGCUGGUCACAUUUGGCUUUCAUCUCCAUAACGCUAUCCCAGGAUUCCCCAUUCCUAAGUUUGACCUGACACAGCCAUCAGUGGAGAUGAAAAAGAGUCAGCUGUGGGAUGACCUGCCUUCCAUCUCAGGUGUCCAACAGGAGGUGACACGUCAGUCUGCAGCUUUCCUGUCAUUUGAGCGGAUGCCAGAAAUCCAGCUGCACCGACGGCAUUCUGACCACUCCAAGCCUUGGUUGUGGUUCGCAACCGUCAGGUCUCUGAUCGGGAAGGGGGUGAUGUUUGCUGUGGUCCAAGGACGCGUGGUGACCAACGCCUUAAAUAUUGCCAACGAGGACUGCAUCAAAGUGGCUGGAGUUCUGAAUAACGCUUUCUACUUGGAGGACCUCCAUUACACCGUUGAGGGAAGGGAUACCCACUACUUCAUCAAGACCAGCCUGCCGGAGAACGACCUGAGUGCGCUGCGGUUGACAUCAGGCAGGAAGUCCCUGGAGAACGGCGUGAACGUGACCGUGUCCCAGUCUACCACUGUGAUGAACGGUAGGACGCGGCGUUUCGCUGAUGUGGAGCUGCAGUUCGGGGCUCUGGCUCUACAUGUGCGCUACGGGACAACGCUGGAUGAGGAGAAAGCUCGGAUCCUGGAGCAGGCGAGGCAGAGGGCUCUGGCUAAUGCCUGGGCACGCGAACAGCAGCGCGUGAGAGACGGAGAGGAAGGAGUCCGGCUGUGGACGGAGGGGGAGAAACGGCAGCUGCUGAGCGGUGGGAAGGUUCUGGGCUACGACGGCUACUACGUCCUGUCCAUAGAGCAGUACCCUGAACUGGCCGACAGUGCCAACAACAUCCAGUUCCUACGGCAGAGUGAGAUAGGGAGGAGGUAACACGGUGUGAACGUAUCACCCCCCCGACCGGACAGUCAAAGACUAACAGUUCAGUUUUAACACAAAAAAGAUGUCAAACAUUAACCAGAAAAACCACCACAGGCUCCUGGUAUUUUAGGUUUCUGCUUUUCAGUUGAUGUUGAAGUCUGACGGACGAUCACUGCGACACAACUGACCUGAGCCUGAACUCUAUGUCUCUCUCUCUCUCUCUCUGUCGCUCUCUCUCUGCAUGCCCUUCCACCUCUCUCUGGUAAGCAGGGCGACCCUGACUGCCAUGUGCGUGUGCUAUCUGUCAAACAGUGGGACUAGAUGAAGUAGUCUAGUUCUAGAUGGAGCAGAUGAGCCUGCAUGCUGUAAACAGUCUGUGCAGGUAACAUGUCUGUAUGGGUCCAGGUGUGACCUCUGACUUUUGGCUGAAGCCAUUAAAUGGACCUGUUGUGGACUCUUUAAGAGAGACAGGCACAAAAAGGACGACAAGUUUCCAUGGUUGUGGGAGGGGGGGACAAUUUUUUUUUUGUUUGUUUGUUUUUGUUUUGUUUUUAUAUACAAACAUUUCAGAGAAAAGGGGGAAAUGAAAAUAAAGAAAAAAAGUGUUUACAUACUAUUACCUACAUGUAUGCCACUGUUAACACUGACUACACUCCAAUCACAGAACGGACCAUGAUAUGAACUUUUUUUUUUCUUACAAUUACCUAAAAUCACUCCGCCUCAAUCUCCUGUGCUGUAACAAGGUCUAUAGACUCGUGCAGAACGUGAUGUGAAGAGGCAAGGUUGCCAUGGUAACCUGACUGGCUCUGUGGCCUCUUCAGUCCUGGAAACCACUGGCAUCCUGAAAGGCCUCCUGCAGAUUGUGAUCAUAGACCUCAUGCUUGCGUUAAGUCAGGUCGUAGAAAACUGCUUGCAAUAGAAACGUGUUGUCAUGGCAACGAGUUUGUUUUUGCUCAAGUAAAGGAGCAUCGCCAUCAGUGACAGUAAAGGAUCAAAAAUUGAUGUGGAUAUUUUUUUUCAUUGAUUGUAGGUCUCUGUGCUCUUUUUAGAGGAAUUUUCUGUGUUCAUGUGUUUACAGAGUUUGGAAGGAAACUUCAGUCAUUUUAAAGGAAAAUGCAGAAAUAUUACACCAUUAACAUCAUAUGCGACCAAUAGACUUUUUUUCCCUGACACUUAAAACGAGUUGAAGGAAUUUUUCCUGGUUUAACUUUGGUUUGAAGGGUGACAAAUUUAUCCGUACAUCAAUAUUAGUCUCAGAAGAAGUAAUUUAUGUACAGUGUUUCUACAGUAAAGAAUAAAAAUCCUUGAAACUA